AUGACUUCAAAUUCGUCCCAGGAGGUAAUUCAGGCGCGCCGGACAGAAUCUUUGGAUGCACCAGAGAUAUUGAAACUUGUCAGCGCCACAACAGAAAAGCUUUUUGGUCGUGUAAAUGUCGUAAAUGUUAUGUAAGUAGACUUCAAUUAAUGUGGUAGGGAUUAUAACCCAUUUAAUAAAAAUGUACCGAUGUUAUAAUUUUAUUAAGAAAAAUCUUGGUUCAAAUGUUAAUUACAGAUCAUUUCAACGUGAUAUAACAGUGAUUAUCAAAGAAAUGAUGAGCUGAAACUAUCUAUCACAUAAUUGAUUCAUGAAUCAUACAACUGACUGGAACUCUGUGCUACAGCACAAUCUAUUUUCAACAACUGGAUCUAGACUGACUCUGACUCUGGUUGAACACUAACUUAGAGCAGACUCCCUUUAACAGAUGUCUUCAACUACCACCAUUACACAGAUGACUUAAUCAUGAAGUUUAAAUAAGAAACAAACUGAACAGAAUAAAGUUACUUAAGCGAGACCAGACAUACAUGUAGACCUUUGGACUGACAAAUAACUUUUCACUUGUCUCUAAUGAUGACUUCUGAUCUGCUGUUGUUGUGAAAAAGUCAGUCACUACACUCAAUAAUAUACUUCUCAGGAGUAUACUCUCUCAGGGUUGAUUUGACUCCAUGAUUAAAUGUUAUAUAAUCUAUAAUCUUCCAUUAAUUUUGCAGUGAAAAAGCCAGUUUGGCUGUAACAUUGGUUAAUGCAAACAAUGAUGUCAUGGGCCAUGCAGCAUUCUUUGAUUACCCCAAUCUACCAAGUUUGGAUCCUGGGAAAUGGGAAGAAUGGUUUCAUACAAAAUAUGACUGCAAAAAGUGCAGUGUAAGUGUAUUUUGAUUCUGAAAUAGAUUUCUUGAUAAUAUUUAUUUCCUCAAACAAGCACCCAUGCUCUAAUAAGCACCUUCCCUAAAUAAGCACCUACCUAUAGGGUGUAGAGUCAAACACCCUCAAACACCCCUCCCAAAAUAAAUCCAAAAAUAAAAUUAAUUCUCCAAACUAUGGUUACAAGAACUGUAUGGCAGGCAGUAAGGAGAAUUACUAAUAAUACCUUGGGAGGUAAAGGCAUUAUAAAAAGGUGAUCCACUACAAGCUUCUCAGUUUUCUAAUUUGUAAUCAUUGGAAAGUGGUUGUCAUCACCCUCUGUACAUAAAAUUGCUAUGUAUAUUUUUCAAUAGUUAAUCAUCCAAAUCUAUUACUACAGUCUGUAUUGUUUUCAUUCAACCAGCCUCUCAACACCCUCUUCAUGAACUACUUUGUAGCAAAGGCAGAUUUUGCAUAUGGCUGUGCAACAGAAAUUAUCAGGUGAGUUUUUGAGUAAUCUGUAAAAAAAAUGGGCAUGUCGACUGGCAACCAUUUGAGUUACAGGUGUAUGCAGACUUAAUUUAGUCUUUUUUGUGUGUAUAAUAACAAAUUGUUAUCCUGAAAAUUGAUAAGCCAAGAGAGCUAUUUUCUUUGUUUACAGAACUGUUUUCAAUGCUGUUCCAGCUCUUCAUUAUAUUUUCCUCAUUGUACCAAGAGGAGUUGAGACAGGUAAUAUACUGGUUACCAGUAAAAAUAAAUUAUCAUUAUACACUUAGUCAUAUAGUCAAGGAAUUGAUUGGGUAAUAUUGCUUGAGUGCAAGAACUGCCCUUACAAGGGUAUGUCAUUCUUUUUUUUUUAUUUGACUCCUCUAUGAAAAUGUAUUAUAUGGUUGUAAUAAUAAUAAUUUGUAAACUUAAAUAGUGUAUGCUGCAUGACAUAAUGAUUGUGUGUGCUUUGUAAAAAAUUUCUAAAAGAUAUGAUAAAACUAGCAGAGAAAAUGGGGAAAAAAACUAAAAUUGUUUAAAAAUUACAAGAAUAAAAUGCUAUGUCUUCAGGUACUAGUGACUCACACCCUAUUUCACCCUACAAUAUUAGCCCUGAAUCACACACUUAGGUCACAUGAAUAAAGGAAAGAUUACCAAGUAAAGAAGCUCUUGAUUGUUAAACAAAUUCUCCUUGUCAGCAACCUAGGAAACUUGUAGAGAACAGUAUGGAGAAUAUGCAUAUUGAUGUUUGGAUGUAAAUGGUCGAUAAAAUUAUUAAAGAUGAGAUUCAAGGUCUUAUUAACCAACAAGUAAGCCUAUGUUGCAAGUGCAAGACAUGCAUUUCUCCUCCCACGGGCAGAUUUGAUUAAAGUUGGGGAGAGGUUAACUGGUAGUUCUUGCUGAACCCCUCGCAGACAUCUUGUUGGGUCGCAUGGCUCAGGCUUCUUACUUUUCACUGGGUAAACGAAACACUGAGCAUGUGUCAAAGUGUUAACAAUGUUAGGGUGUACUUGAAGGGUAAGGUCUUAUUGGGUAUAUGUAUAAUGUUGCAUUUCAAUAUUCUUUUCUCUUGCUUUUCUUAGUAAGUUAUUGUAGAAACACUGAUUAGGAAGCAGUUUGGUCUGCACUGUUUGGUGACAUUUUUUUCUUUUUAAUUAAGUGUAAACAUAGUUAGCAGUUUUGGUUAAUUCACACAUUGUUCAAUACAUGCAAUCUUGUCCAGCCCUUAGAUCAAAGGCUGACACUGUCAUAAUUAAUGAGUAAUUGGUAAUUUAAGUGAAUUGUGUUUGAUCUUAGUAUGUUAAUGACAUUUAGUAUGUUAAUCUCCAUUUUGCAGGACCAGUACUGACUGAAUUAUUUAAGCCAGUGGCAUUUAAAGAGAGUUUUUCUGGAAGAUUGAGUAUUGAAUUGCAAGUGUGUCAUCGUCAUGAUCACAGUGCAAAAUUACACAUCAGACCAGCAAGGUAAGAUGGUCUGGUUCUCCAGGUAUUGCUUGUUCAUCAUUCCAUAAAGGAGCUUUGUGAUACAUGUACUUCAGGGCUCCAAGUUGGGACCAUUGCAAUCUACAUGACAAGUAGGAAAGAAUUUUGGCCACACAAUUUGCAGUGACAAUGCAUAAGACUGGCAAUCUGUGUGUGGUAGUCAUGUAUUAAGGAAUGAUGUAACCUUUUUCAAUCAACUAUUUAUUUUAAUGGUUUGAAGUUAAAGUAAGAUUUACUGUUGCAAAUUUAAGAUAUCUGUAUUAAAUAAUAACAGUCAUUUCCUUAUUUCAGGCACUGUGUACCAGUAUAUAUCUAUGGAUGCAAAUUGUGCAUUUCCUUCCAGCUAUGGUGAUAUGUGUACAUGUAUAAAAUUGACACUGCACACAGUAACUCAGCUCAUGUUUCCAUCACUCAACACACCUUUGAAAAAAUCUUUUCCUUGCAGGGUUGAGGAUCAUGAUGAUCUUACACCAAUUUUUAAUCGACAAAGUGAUGUCCUCACAUCUACAUAUGGUAUGUCUCCUUUUUUAAGGGUUAAAUAACUUGAUUAGGGUCCUGUUCAAAUAAUGUCAGAAGAAAUGUGCAUAUAACUUCCAGCUACUCAUUUUUUUUUUUUGGAGGGGGGGGGGGUUAGAAUUACAUCUUAAUCAACACACCCCCCUCUUCAAUUGCAAUUUCAACCUCCCCCCCUCCAAAAAAGGAAAAAAAACAUCCAGUUGGGAAGAGAUAUACAAUGCAAGGCUCAAAUUUGAUAGACUGAUUGUUAUUUUUUUCCUUCAGGUGACUUUUUCCUGGCAGAGCUUAUAGAGGCUCAGGAUGAAGACAAUAAAUGUGUUGUUGCUGAUGUAAGUUGAUAGAUUAGCACAGAGGAGUCUCUAACCCAUAAUAUUAUACCUAACCCAAGAUCACUCUACAAGUUCUUCACACAUUCUCUGUAUAUUUCCCAUGGCUACUGACAAGAACUAAUCUAUAGUUACUCCUUGUGGUUUAUUCAACUUUACCUUUGCCACAAGUAUCUUGCUCUUUGAGCUUGUUCCUGUCACUUUUAUUAAGAAAGACAAAUGCUUCAAGAUGGGAUGAAGCAUGCUUAAAGGGAAGCGAAGUGUUUGAAACUUGGUGUGAUUAACUAUAGAUGCAUCCUAGAGCUCUUGGGGAAGAAAUUUAUGACCUAAAGUACUUUUUGUAACUUCUCUGGUUGGAACAUUCCCUGAAGAACCCUACUCAUUUUUCCAUUUAGACUAAUCACCUCAUGAACUGAUGACACUGUAUUUCUUAGAAUGAUAGACAAUGGUAGAUAAUAUCAUAUUUAAAGAAAACAAACAAUUUUUUCAGGGGUUCUUACUUAGUUAAAAAAAAUUAUCUUAAGCUUCCUUCAUCCUUUUAUGAUUCUUAAGGUGAAGGGCACUGCUGUUGGUUUUAUGAGCGUCUGUUCAAAAGUUGAUGUAGAGUUGCUGAGCAGCUGUUUUGACUUAAAGCCAUUUAAUGGAUUGCAAAAACUACAAGGCCAAACGCCAGGUACAUUAGCUAUUAAUUUGUCAAUUAAAAUCUUUGCGUAGACUGUAAGUAGCACAUGCUCUUAUCCUUUCGAUUUCUUUGCUGCUAAGCGUAACUUCGGAGGGAAUACACGAAUAAAUUAUUUGAAUGAAUAGUAUUCGUUGAUACAUGUAUCUUGAGGAUCGAUGUAGAACGGCGAGUUAAAGAUAAUAUUUUGUUCAAGAGGUUCUAGAGGGGAAAGACCGCUUUCCGCUAUUUCACUACUGUGUUUUUCACGUUGCCAGCUCUAGAACUUUCUUACGGUGAUCAAUUUACAUUAUUAACUUCGUUGAUAAAACCAAACCACAUUAUAUGUUAACUAUCACAUUCGCUGUGUUGGAAAAAUAGAAGAGAAAUCAGACCAUGUCUAACCAAAUUUGAUGACAGAACUAGAAACAAAAAGGUUUUAAAAACUGCUUAAUUUUGAAAUAUCUUAUCCAAGUUAUGUUCGGUCAGAUUGUUACAGUGUCCGAACAAAAGAAGAUUUGAGUGGAUAUACGUACCGUGAAGGGGAAAUUUUAUUUUCUGCUCUGAGGCGAUUUUUUCUUUAUCAGUUUGAAUCCUUGAAUGGUAAUCACCCACGUUCAUUUUUUGUUAUGUACAGCACUAGGUCCUGAAAAGGCACCAAGUCCUGAAAGAGAACCAAGAGUCACACCGUCAGACGAACAGGUACAAAGAACAUCGCCAUUAGAAGAACGGACAGAAACGUAAGUAAUCAAGCGAGUGAUAAUGAUUUAGAAAGGUUACUAGAUUGUUGUUCUUUUUCUUUUAAAUAACUGUAUGAGGUGCAUCCGAGAAUUGAAUUUUUCCCUCGAAAUUGCGGUUCAGGAUCCUCAAAGAGGACUACGUCUAAGAGUGUCUCGAAACUUGAUUAUCAAAACUAAAAUUUGGAAACUCGAUUCGUGAAACAAUAAAUCUUUAUUCUCGAUUCUCGAAAGGCUACAUUUGAGCGAUUCUGUAACUUUCUUCAAUAGACUUCUGUUAAAUGUAGUAACUGCUAGAGGUGGUCUUGACCUACAUACUUAUAGACAGAGCAUUUCAACUACUUUUACCACCGGCUAUGAGUGAGCUGUUUUGAUUUUGACUUCUAUUUAUCAUAUCUUCUUCUAUAUUUGUCAUGAACCUGAUUCAUUACUAAAUGAUCAAUUUUUACUGUUUUGUACGUGAGCUAUGGUUAUCUUAGACUUCAUAUCUCUUGAGCACUGACUUAUGCAACAGGGUGUUACUGCACCUAAGACUGAGGUACUUAUGCGCCUUACAUAGAGAAUAAUACAUGGGUACAUGUUGAAUGAAAUAUUUUCUUCGAGAGUUGAACUAGAUGUCUAACGAGAGAGAUGCAGAGUCGGACACGAGAAGAGAGAUUCCAUAUCUACUAGGAACCGUGUAUAAUUUUUUUUUAUUAUUAUAUAAACGCAAUAGGCCUUUACUAACGAGAAAAGUCGACUUUAUUAAUAUAUGAAAAUGGUGAACGCUUUGCCAUUCAUUCAUUAACCUGACCUGGAGUCGCGAAAGGCGAGUGACGAGUCAGCAGCUGAUUGAUGAUGUCAAACUGCGACAGCUUUCCUCAGGGCUGGAAAUCCUUGUAAAACGGCACAGUUUAUUUAACAGAUGAACGUAUUUUUUGUAGACCAAAAGACUCAGCAAAGCAGGAUAAAGUUGAAGAACAAGUGCCGGCUCACUCUGCCAGCCUCUCCAGAGUAAGUACUGACUAAUUGAAAGAAACCUGCAAAUUUCUGAUCGUAGCAGUAUGCAGGAUAUGCGUGUCACAUAUGAACCUACUCACGGCUUAAAGCUCGAUGGUAGAGCAUCAGGGCGCGGUAUCCGAAGGUCUGGGUUCGAUAUUUUCAAACACAGCCAGGGGAUCAAUUUUGACCUCCUGCCAAAUAUUUCAAAGGAACUCUGCUGAUUUUUCGUUGGGGAUUCGGUUUUCUUCCUUGCUCUACGCUCACGACUGAAGGAGUAACAUCCUUCUCCACUUCUUGAGACCUAAAAAUUAUCUUAAAUUUACGUUUCAUUUUUUUUAGGCAUCAAAGGGUGCAACCGAUGGAGAACCAAGCGCAUUUUGCAUCCAACUCUUUUGCAUCGACGAAAAAUACGAGACGAGGUCAGUAACAAAAAGAAUUACAUAUUUUUUCCUUCGGUGUAUCUGAUGUUACCGUAUUUAUUCGAUUAAAAUCUCAAGUGUUUCUGUUGAGGUCUUUGUUAAAGGAAGGAUUGUAUUUCAUUGAAGAAAUGUAAAAUGGUUUCCGUGUUUACAUAGCCUGAUGUAAACACGCGGGAGGUUGGGAGAACACGAGAUAAGCGUAGGAAACCAACUAAUGAAAGAGGAACGAAAACCGUGUUUAUAUACGCUCAUGUAAAAUGGUUUUAUGGCCAAUCAGAGCGCGCGUACUAUUUGAAUUAUUUUAUAAAAAUACUUUUUCAACAAUUGACGGCACUGAUAGUAAAUCUCUUUUGUAAAACAGGAACUUUUUCAGUUCCAAUAUCUCCCUUUCCUAAUAUUGGUUUCCAAGGAUGAAGUAUAAUGCCGACUUUUACCCUUCUAGUCAUUUUACAUAUGUGUUUUAACCUUUAAGUCUCAAUAUCUGAUAACAGAUUCUCCUCUUUAGCUGCUACACAUUUCCUUGUAAACAUGUUACCAGAAUUUGGUGUAUGAUCAGGAUAACAACUUUUACCUGAUAAGUUUGAGUCUUCUCAUGACCUAUUUGCUGGAUAUUGUACGGAUUUGAUAAGGGGAAAUUACAUGUUAAUCACUUCUGGGAGUUAAAAGGCUAAAAGCUGCAUUUUUCGCAGAGGGUACAGCGUUUAUAGUAGGGCGGCGUUCAUAGGUAAUUUUGCUUCUACAACAGCGUUUAACGGCGGCGUGUAAUCGAGUAAUACGCUAUCCUCUGCUGUUAAACAUUAGCUUAGCGUAUCCCUUUUUCACUUGAUUGUAUUAAAACAUAGUUGUUUAUUCUUUUAGGUCUAUAGAUUUCCUUCCAGCGGUGUUUGACCUAUUUCCAGUAAGUACCAAAUGCUUACUUUAGUAUUUGUGGUAAAUAGAGUGUUGUAGAGCGCCGGACAGGGUUCAACUGAGUUCAAGCCCCAGCCGGACUAACACUCAGGGAUUUAAAAUAACUUAGGAGAAUGUGGUGCCUGUGCUAGGACAUCUGCAAAUGGUCAGACGUUCUAGUGCUCUCAGAUAAGGACGAUAAACCGCAGGCCCCGUUUCUUGCAUCUUCUCUGUACUGCUUUAUGGCAGGGAACGUCAAAGAAUCCACGCACUUUUCGCAAAAAGGACUGAACGUGGCUCCCGGUGUUGUGGUCUGGCCAUGUUGUUGUUUAUACAGGCCACUAUUCAAACCAGCCGAGCUCUGAAGCUGAACAGGGCAAAAAGAUAAAUGAAGUAAAUAUAUCAGGACUGUCUGAUUGCAGAGAAACUUUAGUAACGCAGAGAGGAAGGAUUUUAGUGGUUUAUCUUAUUGCGUUGACCAAUGAACCGCUAUUUGUUAUUGUUACUAUUAUUAUUAUUUUUUUUAAUAGGAAAAAGACUACUGCAUUUUAACAAUGCCUCAUCUUGUACCAGAGUUCCCUCUUCUUCAGUCUUUUGUGGUACGUUUUCGUUGCAGUGUUAUUGCGUAGUUUUAUUGUCCUGUCUAAUUGUAAGCACAUGCAGUACUUUUCAUCAAGAGAUGUUCAUCCACAUGAUCAUGUUUUUCCUUCAUGACUCACGCUAAAGUUACCAGUUCCUUUAUUUCAGAGGGUUACUCCAAGAAAGUACAGCACAUUAUCUCAAGAGCUUUAUGUGUUUCACCGAUGGGGUCUCAUUGAGUAAGUUCUAAGUUUUUGUACGUAACAAGAUUUACUUAACUGUUUUUUGGAAUUUCAAGUUCAGGCUUAGCUUACGUUAGGAAAUCAACGAAAAUUUCCCAAAUAUUGCGUUUUAGACUUCUUUAUUUUUAUCGUUUGAACAGGUAUCUCGGAAACUCGUGGUCAGAUUUUUCUUGUCAGUUCCUUGAAUAUAACAUUUCGAACUACAAUUAUUUUUACCUUUGCCCCUGGUGUGUUUGUGUUCACGCGCGCUGCACGUGAUCUUGUAAUUCGACCAAUUAUGCCCACAGACCUUGGACUUGAAUCUGAAGCCUACCUGAACACUUGGUUUGCUAUCUCAAGCUUGUCGCUUGUUUUUUGUUUGGAUUUUAUGGCUUUUUGAAGACUUCCCUUACAGCCAAAUGUUGUACUUGAUUUGUUUUAUUCGUUACACCCGAGUCGACGGAGAUUAGGCUCUAGUCUCGUGAUCCAUACAUGAUGUUUUGUCGUUGUCAACAUCUCGUUGUUCAAUAUUAUAUUCAUUUAGAACUGUGUUUUUACUAUUUGUGCUUUUUCUUCUGGAAGAUCGUUUCAAGUGAGUCCCUGUACCUCGGCUGACACUGAAGGAAUCCAAUCUGUUGUCUCACAACUGAGUGGCGCAGAUAUCAUAAUGCAGUGAGUACAUCCACCAAAAAAUGUUGCAAAAAUAUUGCAAGUUUACACAGAGGUUUCAAUUAAGGCGAGGCACCAGCAUUUUACCGCUGCCCAUAAGACCUCUAACCACCGUCUGUUGAGCACGCGUGCAAGUUUUUGUGUCUGGGCCUUAGAGCAAAGCGGCCUUUUGCACCAUCGACAGCCACCAAGGGAAAAGAUUAUUGAAAGCGCUGUGAACAACAAUGUCAUUUUGCAACACGAUUCUCAAUGCUCAUGAUGUUGACUGCUGUCUCUAUGUUUUUAUUGCAGAGAUGUUCAGCAAUACAAUAAUGAUAGGAGAGACCCGGUAGGUUUUCAUAGUAGAUAAACGUAUAAAUUUUAUGUUAUUAUAUUAUUGCAUGCUAAUCUGAUAUCAAUUUUAUUUCAUUCUCGCGCCCUCAACCCUCAAUAUCUCUCGACGUCUUGGACCACUACUGUUGAUAAGACGAACAUCUGAAUCACAUCAUAGUAACUAAACUUAUAAAUUAAGCAUUGGUUGUCCUCUUUUGUCUCAGCAAUUGCAUUUUUCAUCUCGAUAUACCCAUUCGUGUGUCUUGUAACGCAUUUAUUCAAAUGAGCGUCGCUCAACGAGUUUGCUAAAAUCUCUUAGAGGCACCUCAUGAGUCUUUUGGACGAGACGAAACGUGGCAACAUACCAACCUUGAACUAUUUUUCAGAAAUAGUUGAUGAUUUUUAUUUUGUGAGUGCACCUCUCUUUUUGCUGUUUUUCUGGAAUCCCAAAGCCGUUACCAGACUCCACUUUUCUGGUGAGGGUUAAGUCCAAUGUUGUAUUUUUUUUCUUAAUCUUUAACAAUAUGCCUCAUUUUUAUAUGAUUAAAGGAUGGUACUGAAAUUCAGUGCUUUGUCGCUAAGAGUUUGGAUCAAGUUGUCGGCGUCGCCCUCCUUAGACGAGAAGAGGUAUCCUUUUUUUUUUUUGUUCUUUUCUUCUGUUGAGUUUUAUGUGAAGUAAAGAGCUUCGGUUCUGCAAUUUUGACCAUUUCCGUUAUUUAGCCGUUCUUUGCCAUGUAUUGUUUAAACCUUCACAUUCGUCUUCUUUCUGCUCCUUUGUAGGAUAUAGAAUAUAUCCGCUCUCAUUUCAACAUUGAAGAUUUUAUUUACUUCAAUCAUCAUAAAAGAGAUGAACAUGGCCGUCUGUUCCAUUUUGCUCUCAAUCCUGUAUUUCAGCAAUAUUCCAAACACUUUCUAAAGGUAGGUUGUACACUGAAAGUUAAAGCUUCAACAGCUCGUUACUGGUGAUGCUGGUGUGUCUUCUGACAAUCACGUUUGACCAUUACAUGUUUCUCUCCUUGUAGGAAGUGCUAAGACUGGCCCACAAAUCUUGCCUGUAUUACCCAGUCUGCCCAAGAUACACAGAAACACAACCAGUAAGUUAGCAUCAAUCUCAGAUUUGUAGUACAAACACUAUUUAUGUCAAAUAGUUUUGCGCGCGCACGAUUAAUAUCAACGUUACACGUGGCUUAAAAUAAACUCUCGCUAAAACUGGGAAAUAUCUGGUAAUAUUCUUCAAAUGAUUUUCAUCAAUUUCAAAGGCAUUCACGAAAAGUCUCGUUUUCAGUUCAAUUUAAGAUGGAGAAGUGUUUUUCGGUCAAAUCUAUCGUUUACAAAGUCAUAAGUGAAAAAUCUGACAAGUCAGCUUCCACGCAGUAAAUGUAUUUGACGUCGAGCUCUUUUGCAAAAUUUCUUCCCGCGCGCUUAAAAAAAUCUUAGAAGGAUAAUUACCGCCGUAGUCUUUACUGGCCUCUAAAUUCCACGAAGCUUACAGUUUUCCUCUACCUUCUUUUCUGGGAAAACUGUUCACUUCUCAGAGCACAUAACGUCCGCGGAAAAAUAGCUCGGCAUGUUUUCGCGUCAAAGGAAAACGUAUGUAUUCGUAAACAUAAUAUUUCCUUACAGUUUUUAUUCCAGAUCUUCAACCAAAUUCAGGCUGUUUAUGUUUGUUUUCAGGGCUCCAAACCUCAUACGACUGUGACGGCGCUUAAUGACUUGGUACCAAUCAGGUGUGUAACGGAACGUCCUCAUAACAUUGAAAAACGCUACGAAAACUGCUUCUAGCGGAAGUUUGACUGUAUCAAAUGUUCAGGCGUAAUUAUUCCUCCAUGUUCCUGCUAAUGAUGUUAAAAAUGUUUUGCUACAGAGCUCGUCGUCAAAUUAUAUACCCAUUGGAUAAACUGGGCGGAAAUGCUCCCUCAGAAAGAAUCUUAGCAAAUAAGGUAACUUAAUUUCUUUUUGAUGAAGGUAGUUGUAUCGUGAAUGGCUUAGAGCCCAAUAUGCAGAAUGAACCAAUAAGAAACAAGGGCAAACGCACAUUACUGACAUUAAGCGCGGGAAAACGCGUGUGACCAAAUGCCGGUUGGUUUUAUUUCUACAGUUGAUUGGUUAGUCCUCGUUAUUUCAACUAAUCACAGACCGUGAAUACAUCACCCCGUGAUUAAUUUCACGCCUAACAUGGGUCAUGUUGCGCGCGAAAGAAAUCGCAGUUAGCUUUGUUCUUGUAGCCCACUGAUUUAGGAGGCAGCGCUAGCUAUUUCAAACAAUCUCAAUGGGUUGUGAUGCAAACUAAAAUCAAUUCAUGGAGUCGUCUUUCAGGCCUUUAUUUCGUUGUUACAUAAAUCGAGUAAUUGACUAGGAUUUAGUUGUGUCAUGCGCUACUUGUGGUCAUUACAACCAUUAGGAUUUAGAAACAGAAACUCAUUACUUCUUAUUUUUCUAUUUUCCCCUUUUCUUUUGGAGCAGUGGAAGAUGUGGAUCCCUGGCAACUUAUUUUCAUUUUUUUAAUUUUUAAUUUUUUUUUUCAGGAACCCUUUGCUUUGACUCAUUUGAACAGAAAAUUAACUUUAGAACCAAAGGUUUGUUUGUCUCUUUUCAGUGAUCUUUACACCUCGUUGGUUAUGCCUGUGGCAGACCGCGUUAAUAUUCGCUUGAGUGUCGUUGCAAGAUGUGGACAUUAGCCACGUGCUUGUGCUUCUCGCUGAUGUUAAGCUGAGGUUGCUAUCUGGAUGGGUGACCGCACGUAAUAUCCCGGGUUGUUGACUUGUCUUUUCUUGUCUUCGUUUUUCGAUUUCAUUCCUGCACGUUGAAGAAUCAGCAUUAACUUUGUUAUUUUCCACGUAAAACCAGAGUAACUGUAGAUGACGACCAACGUAUCCCACGUUAACACCUCCAGUCGUCUUGUUUACGUAUACAUGUGCCAUUUGUAACUUACCAUGACAAUUUCUUUUCGAUUUAAUUAUUUAACAGGUUACCAUUAAUGCUCGGAUUGUUGUGGUUGGAGCAUCAGAUGUGGGGAUAUCUUUCCUUGAAACCCUCUUGUUUUGGUGAGUUUGCCUUUCUGUAGUUUUUCACAAAAAUUCGUAGUAAAAUGAAUGAUCGACGUCAAGGGCGGCAUGAAUUUUUUAUACCAAAGCGAAGGAGAGCAAACCAAACCGAUCGCGCACUAAUUUCGACAAUGUUGAAAAGUGAUCGAAGUUUGACCUACAUACAUUAGAGAAUUCAGCGAGCGGCUUGAUUCUAAUCAGGCUAGUUUCCUCACAUGGAAAGUGAGACACGGAUUAAAAUAUUUAGUAACAGGUUACCGUGUAACUCAGGCCCCAGCCUGAUAGUGAUUUAUCCGUUGGAUAGCGUUAUUCGACCUUUAUACAAAUGGGCCCUGGAUGGUAACUAUAUACUUCUCUUUUCUGUUUUAGCCCGCAUCUUCGUUUCAACAAUUUAACGCUAGUAUCCACACAUGGUUUGCCAGGCCAGCUUCCUCCAGACGAACUGCGUUCAAAGUGCCUUCCUUCCAGGUAUUGAACUCAUCUGUGCAGUGUGUUUUUCUUUUCUUCCCUGGUAUCUGCAAGUGGCUUCUUAUGUGAAAAUUCCUUUCCACUUCUCUUUUAAAUUAAACCCGUUACAGCGAGCGCUUCACGAUAGCCUGGUGUCUAACGCAUUGUUUCAUCUAAAGGUCUGAGUUAUAUUUCAAGCCAGAACAAUCAUGUUUUUGGAACUGUUAUUAUUAUUGUCCAUAAAUUUCGCCUAGGUUUAGAUCCGCGGAGAUCAGUCUUGAGCAGAGGUGACUAAGAAACUCGACCCUAGACUUUCAGAUUUCCUUGAUCGGAACACAGUUUGUUAUUAUGAGUUUGCUUACUUUUGCCUUCCUUAGUCUUUGUUAUACUCAAGACGAUUUCACUCACAUGGCAUUGGAAACCUGGAUCAAGGUUGUUGAGGGCAAAGUCAUGGCACUUGACAGGUAAUUCUCCUUACUAUCUGCCAUACGAUAUAUAUGAUGUUAGUUCAGAGAAUUUGGUACUGGAUCAGCUGAUAAUCUCCUUGUUGAUAUUUUUCUUUAUUCUUAUCUCUUGUCUGCUUGAUAUUGUAUUGAUAUUGUGAGGAGAAAUUCUGUCUUGGUCACUCAUUUAAACUCACUUGGUGAGGAAGGUCCUUGCAUCUCAAGAAGAUGUAUUUUAAGGUCCUUCCUUCGGUACACUGGAAAGCCAUUCAUUAUAACCUCGUUUGAUACCUAGUUACGUUAACAGAAUUAUAAAACACAAUUGCAAGUAAACAGGAUAGAUUAGUUUGCAGUUAGACUGACGUCGCCGUUUCGUUUCGGCUGAGGCAAUUUAUCUUUUGCCCUGAAUGCCAACGGGCAUUUCAUCAAAACAACGAUGUGGUUAGAAAUCUCCCUGCGAUAAAUUUACAACUUCAAUAAAUUCCCGACGGGACUUGACGCGCUAUGCUUUCUAAAGCAUCCCAGCGCGAAAUCGCAACUCUCUGUGCUAGAAUCCUCACAAAUUGUUUUUCUUUUUUUUUUGUUUUGGGUCUGUUUUAUUGUUAUCUACAGAACGAACAAGGUCGUCAAAGUGAGCGAAGGAGCAUUCAUUCCUUAUGAUUACCUUACUCUGUGCACUGGUCAGCAGUUUCAAAUCCCUGUACCUACUGGCGCUGAUAUCUCCACUUUAGUCACUACCAGUGAGGUGACAAUACAUCAAGUAUCACGAUACACGGGCCCCCUGCCAUCGUCAGUGUUCACUGUUAAUACAGAAAAAGACUGUGAGAACGUGUUAAGCUUUAUCCGGGGGGAGUUUCUUACAGGUGAAGGUAAGCCGUACGUGAUAAAGUUAAAAUGGUUACUGUUUAGUUACUGGUAAGAGAUGAGGUCAGGUGGUUUAUUUAGGAGAAAAGGAUAACUUUUUUUCGAGGGGAUGCCUUUUAUGACAGAGCCAGUGGUAAAUACAAUAUGUUAAACGAUCUCAGUGGUGGCGAAAGAGGCAUCUCUCCAUGGAACAUUUACAAAACCAUAUUUUAGACCUCAAUUUGAUCAUAUGCAACUUUGGUCACCAAUGUAUGCGUGUGUUAUUUGAAUCAUAUUUAAGAAAUGUGGAAAUUUGUUUGACACACCUCUCUCCUAACAAUUCCAAUAAGUCAUGUCCGUUGGUCGGAGCACCCAAUAAGUAUUUGGGAAGCCUGGUUUCGAACAUGACGGAGCCUUAUCUGUUUAGGCCUCCUUUGUUGCAAUUUUUACAAUUGCGGUCAACCUGGGAAUAAUUCGCCAUUCGUUAUCAUCCACAGGUCCAAAUAUGUUUGAAGCAAUUUUCAUUUGAAUGCCGAAAGCAAGUAGGGCUUGCUAUGGUUUUUUCUUUACCUCGCACUGUGAUUGGUUCAAAAAAUCUCGCGCCACUUUCUCAACAAAUCAGUUUCGAAACUAAAACCAAUCACGUCUUGAUCACGCGUUUUCCCGCCUUAAGGCUCCUUGUGAUAUUUUUUCUUUGAUCUGAUUGGCUGUUGUGAUUACGUUGGUUUUGGUUUUGCGACACCCGAUCAAAAAGCGCUCUUUUUCACUUAUUUGUAAUUUAGCAGUUUUGUUUUGUUAUGUGUUUUUAAGGAAAAGCCCUUGUGUACGGAAACACACUGGAUGCUUUCGUCAUGGUGCAAACCCUUCUAGCGGCUGGACUCCCUGGAUCACGUGUUGUGCUUGUUCAGCCUCCAGUCUCGUUACCAACCUGUUUUAAUAACCCGUUUAUCGAGGAUGCGGUUUCUGCAGCACUGCAUGAAUGUGGUAAGAUUCCCUAAGUUAACACACAUUAAUGUGCAUGGUAAUAGUGACAGUUUUGUCCAAUCUUUUCAGUUUUUUAUUUUGUUUUGUUCGUUUGUUUCUAAUGGUUUUUGUUAACGUACACGAUUUAACUCUAACAUUUUUGGUACAAUGAAAGCUUAACCCUUCAACUCCCAGCAGUGACUGAGACAUACUUUCUCCUUACAAUAUCAUAAUAAGCAGACUAGUGAUGAAAAUAGAGAGAAAUAUCAGAGGAUUAUCAUUUAAUCUUUAAUACUUAAGUUUCAAAAUUAUAGGCAACGUAAAGAAGACAGUGAGGAGAAUUUCUAAAUAGAUCUUGGGAGUGGAAGGGUUCGAGAAUUCAAUAUUCAUUUUAUUUUUUCGUAGAAAAGGAAGGAAACUCUUAUAGUUUAGUUAAAUUUCAUCAGGACCUUCCAUUUGAGUCCGCUUAUGGAUUGUACAAAAUAUUGCAACCUGGAAUAGUUUAGUACACCAACAAAAAUUUUCAAAAAAUUCUGUGAAUCUGCAACUUUCGUUGACGUUAUUUCUCUACUCUUUUCUCCCUUACAUAUUAUUCUUUUAGACUCGUUUUCCGUUUAAGAACGUUUUUAUUCCAUAAUCGUAACAUUUUGCCCUGAAAAACAGUAGAGUUUAGCUACCCCAUUGCUAAAUUCAAAUUGAUUUUUAUGUUUGUUUACUUAUCAUAAUUUUAAAUGUAUUCGCAUAGGCACCGCAUGAUCCCUUGCUUGGGUAAAGAUCAUUAUAAACUCUAUGGGAACCAGUUUUAUUUUUUCAUUAUUGUCCCUAAAGGAGUGGCGUGUCAUGUCGGCUACACACUCGCCCAGUGGAAUGACGGGGAGGUCGACCAGCCUCUGUCACGUGCUACGUUUACGUCAGAAAACAAACCACUCAGUGUUGACUGUGAGGUGAGCUUACUUGACACGAUGAUAAAGAGAAGAAUCUUUGCACAAAUUUUCAAGUUUCUUUAAUCAAUUAAUUGGCCACCGUUCCUUAGUUAUGAACGUACGAAAAACAAAUAAUGCACUUUACCUACAUGAAAAGGUUGCGCUUGGCAGAUGAUAUACAGAACACUUUUCGCGUGAUAAAUACGUGGCUGACUUCUUUGUGUCGUCUUCAGUGCAUGCGCGAUGUAUAUUGAGUGGUUGUUUAUCACAGUGUAUCGUCCUGUCUCACAGAUUUCGAGCGGGCCUGGGUAACUACGACAAGAUGGUCUAAAGCAAAACCUGUCAUUCUUAUCCUAUGCAUUCUCGUUCCUUCUUAGUGUAUUCUUCCCAUUUAGUGUUUUUCUCUUAUCCUACGAUUUGUGCUGUUAAGCUAAAUGUAAUUUAGCAGGUCAACUAAAAAAAUUUCGCGACCUUCCAAUAUAUUUACUUCAAUUUUCCAGGCGUUCUUUUGCUUCCAAUCCAAGAAGGUUGACCACGACGCUUUUAAAGGUAAUUUUUUUUGUCGUUGCUAUUUUCUGUUUAGUGAUCAAGUAGUUUUUUCAUGGAUUCAUUUGUCCAUUCAUUUCAGCCAUUAAUGACAGCUGUCUUGUGUUUGACGGAAGAUUAGUCAUCGACGCAGAUUUCCACACAAAUGACCCAUGCAUUAGAGCUGCAGGACCACUAACGAAAUUCCAGCGGAGAUACCAUGCAGAAUCUUGGUAAUGUAUCAUACUUAUCAUAAUAAGUUGUCUAUGGUUGUCAUAAUUAUCGGUCGUUGUGGUGGCCCGCCUAGAAUGACGGAUUAUACUGCAGUCAGAUGUACGUCAACGGGAGAUUACGGAAGUUUAACAUUUAAAGACCCGUAUAUCAGCUUCCAUAUUCUCCAUAUUGUUGUCCAUACAUUUCGUAAGGUGUUGACAAGAAGAAUUUGUUUAGCAAUCAAGAGCGUCUUGAGUUGGCGAUCACCUUUUAUUUUUGUAACCUGGAUGUGUGAUUCAGGUGUGAUGUUGGAAAAAGAAAUCAGAUGUUCGUCACCCUCAGGGAUCAAAGUGCUUGGUCAUUAAGUCUUAGGUAACUCGCUUUGGAAGCUGGUAAAUGAAAGUGAAGCAGUGUAUGCUGUGUAAACACCUUUUGAUUUCCAAUCAGUAUACAUGUUUUUCUACAUGCAUUCUUCAACAUUUUUCUCGUUCUCUUUUCAUUUUUAGGACUCAUGGAAACUUCAACUCCAAGGAGGUAGGUGAAGAACUGGCGCAGUCUUUGUUAACAUUGUUUGAUCCCACCCUUGACGCCAUGCUUCUCGACACGGAGACCCCACGAGAGCAGCAUUUACUGAUACCAAUAUACACCAAACCGAAGACAGUCUCUGCUAUGUUACCAGGUGAGACGACUUCCAUGCUAGAGAAAAUUCAGCGCACAAUUGGGUUAAUUUGCAUCACUGCACUCUUUGAUUCUCGCGCGAAACUCUUAAGAAAUAAGAAGAGAAUAAAAAUAACAGUUAACAAAUGAGUGACGAGCAUUAUAGACCAGCACUAGUUUAGACUAGUUUAGACUAGUUUAGACUAGACUAGUUUAAUGUUGUAAUUUGAGAUUGCUUUGACUCUACUUUACGUCGUUCUGUGAAGCUAGCGCAGGCUCCCAACCACUCUGUCACUCUCAUUUUCCUGCGUGUUAUCUCUUUGAUGUAGAGUUUUCUCGUGAUUCCCAACAAGCUCCUUAAGCGUAAGUGGGAAAAUCUUCGACUUUAGAGCCGAGAAAGUUUUUUUUUCGCUUUAAACUACCCUUCAAGACAAUUAAUUUGAUUUUAUUAACUGACGAAGGACUAACGCUCGUAACGUCAGCUUUAGAAACUCUUUGCGGUGGUAAAUUUACAUUAUUGACUCAGAUGAUGAAACCAAAUUAUCUCGUAAUACCCCAAACCGACGUAGCACCACAUUUUCUUUAGAAAUUUACCUCCUUUCUCUUUCGAGAAUGUCCUUUAAUUUGGGGUAUUUCGGACGUUUAUUUGAACAACCAAAAUUUAGGACGCGUAUAGCAUUUGGUGCUUGAGGGGAAAUCUUCAAGUAAAGUACAGUUAAACCAUUUAGCACUAUAGAAUCUGAUCAUAAAUUGGCUCAUGAAAGAGUACGAGCGCCUUCAAAAGAAGAGGCUUUCAAAUAAUGAACUUAACAAUUCAUGUAUUGCAGGGGGAUAUAAUUACUUGCAAGUCGGUAAACCAAGCUUGAAUAUUCCAUUAGACGCUCAUAUGGUACAGCCUGAAUAUGUAAGUAGGGAGGAUUUGUCAUAGAAAAUAUUGAUUUUCAUUGUAGUUCUGUAGCUUAAGGAACGUUUGAUGGUCAGGCUAUCCGGAUCGUAUUGAUCAUGACAUUUCGACUGCUAUACUGCUAGCUUUCGUCAGGCAACGAGGUCGAAAGUUCACGUGUCGCUAUUUAUAGUACCUUUGUUUGCUGUUUAUAAUGUGUUUUUGCGCGCUGUCAUUGGUGUAUUUCGAUCCUCAUUAUUAUUACUGCCCCUUGUUAGAAAGGUGAGAUGGAAAGUUUAUUUUAAAAGGUAUAUAGCAUACACAUGAAAAUAUAUCAUUUUCAUCUCCGCCAUCAAAGAAUGUGUGGGAGGUUGUAAUACCAAGCGGGUUUGGAUGCGGCCAUUUUGAAUCUUGCUGAGCAACCCGGCCGCUGCAUGGCAUAUGAAUUCUUGAUUCGAAAAAAAGUUCAUUUUCCUUUCUUACAGGGCAGGGAACUUAUCACCGGUAAGGACCAUGAGCAAGGCUACUUCCGCUUGCACGUGAAUCAGCACCGCUUCAUAGAGACAAUUACGUGCUGCACUCGACAGGUUAGUGAGACCAUCACGUAUUUAGUUGUGAAGUGCGCGUGUUUCUUCCAAGGCGGUGAGAAAUUGGUGGUUUACAGUUCUUCUCAUGAAACCAAAAUGUGAGCAUCUUAACUUCAAACACUCGGAAUCUCUCUAAUUACUCCUCUAUUCUAACUUUACACUUUUAAAUUUUUCGUUUUAGAACUUUUAAGGUGGCCUUGUUUAAAGUGAAGACGCCAUCCUGCCAUCUUGUCUCAUUCUGUACCUUUUUUCUUGUUUUACAGGGGCUUGAUACAAGUAACCUUGUGUGUUUGUAUGCCCUGCAUGAGCGAUACCUGAACAAUUUGUUGCAAAGAUUCGACGAAGGGCUCAUAGAUGAUUUCUACAGGUACAAAAACGAAGAGUUUUCGUUUUCUUACUUUGGGGUUUGUAUUGUUGUGACAUAUAGACCAAUGAAUGGACGGACAUAAAGUUAAGUAGGCAGGCGGGUAUAAGUAGACAUAAACAGACAGGCAGACGGUCGGACAGACGAGCAGACGAAUAGACAGAUAGAUAGACGACAGAUUGACAGACAGACUUAAAAGGAAAAAACACAUGAUUAUAGAGGGUUGGUUUUUAAAGAUACUGUGGUAUCACAGAUAAGUUGGUUUCAUCAAUUGAGUCGAUAUUGUAAGUUGGCCACCGUACAAAGUUUAUAAAGCUGGUGUCGAGCGUUAGCCCUUCUUCAGAGUGAAAGACAGUCAGAUAGAUAGACAUGCAGACAUACAGAGAGACAGACAGACAAACAGACGCAGACAGACUGACUGACAGACUGACAGACGGACUGUUAGCCAGACAGAGAGAGACAGAUCUCCAAACAAAUAGAAGACAUUCAGACAGAUAGGUGAGCAGAUAUACAGACAGACAGAUAGACAGAAAGACAGACAGAUUGACAGACAGAGUGACAGACUGACCGAUAGACAGACGGACAGACAGACGGACAGACAGACCAACAGACAGACCAACAGACAGAAAGACACAUCAGCUGGCAGGCUUCAGCUAGGCUUGAUUAAAAACCGGAAGGACAUUCAGGAAUGUUGUUAAUGUACAAUUAGUUUGGAAAACACUACUGACAUUGGUAUAUCCAAAUUAUAACUUAUCAUCGCUUUCAAGUCCUUAAACGUUUCUUUGUGCACAUUUUAGCUUUUUCCGAGAGUCCUGGUGCCUUGCCGUUUUCCACGAUAGAUUCAAAGAUUUCAGGGAUGAGAUAAGAGAACUUCUUGUAGCAAAACCUGUAAGUAAAAUGUUGGAAAUUAUUUUGAGCCAUAAUCUAUAGAGCCAAAACCAGAGUGGUCACAACCACCAAUCAGAACAUCGGUUUACAUUAUCAUUAACCAAUCAGAACAAUGAUUUACAUCGUCAUUAACUAAUGAGAACUCAAAGUAAAAAACUACUUGAAGCGCGGGAAAACGCGAGUGACCAAGUUGAGAUUGGUUUUAGUUUUACAUUUGUUUGGUUAAGAUGGCGGCGCGAGAUUUCUGGACCAAUCACUGAGUGAAGUAAAGCAAAACUAAAGCAAUUCAAGAUCACUUUCGAUACUUAAUUGAAAACUUCUCUGUUAUGGAUCUCGAUGCCAAGUAUGUGCCAGCUAUGGAGUUUUUAAAGGCAUCAUUGAAAAUUCAUGAAACACUACCGUCAAUAUUUUAUGCACUUUCCAUCAAUCCUUUUUUUCCCUUCUUUCCCCUUAUAAAUCCCAGAACAUUAUAACUUUGGUUUUGAAUUUAUUAAGUGCUCACUACGACGAUUAUGUUAUGACUUUAAAUGGUGUAUGUAUCAAGCUAAAAUAGUGUUGUUACAUUUGCCAUAAUUCGCUUGAUACUGACAGGCGCAGUAACAUGUGUAAACCUAUGUAAACCUGUGUAAAAGUAUUUCGUUGCGAUCUUGACCUAACGCUUAAAGCUGUGUUACCAGAAUUUCACGCACAUGUUGUAUGCGUAAGUCGAAGAAAAACAAGCUUAUGGUAUAAACUAACCCGAAGAACUGUACAAGCAAACUAACUUAACCCUCCCCUCUCAGUCCGCCGAUGUACCGUCAUUGGAGGAGAAAGUACGGAAGAUGAUAGACGAAGACUUAGUGGUGAGUUACUCUGACGUCCAAGCUCUUUGCUUAGUGUUUUGGUUCAUACACAAGUCGACAAAAUUGGUUUGCGAUAGCUUUGAUAUAGAUGGCUACAAAAGAGGUUUUCAUUUAUGAAUUGAAACUGAAAAACGUCCUAUUAAACUUGUACCCCACGACUGGCACUUGAAUGGUCAAGCUCAAGGAUUCUGGUUUAGAGCGUUUUGAGUAAGACCACCCUCAACGGCAUGAUGAACAGUACCUCAUGUACUGCUCGUUAGAUUUAAUAUGAAUUGUUACUCACUCUAUAGCCUGCGGGCAGUCCUUUAUUCUUAUUAGCGCUGCAGAACGUACGUUUUUCCGCUCGCACGAAAAUUUCAGACGAGUCAAGGAGAGGUUUGUUGGGGUUCGAGUGUUAAUUGCGUUGCUUCACGUCCCAUAUAUUCCCGUGGGCGAAGAAAGACUCGUGCCGAAGUGUUAAUAAUGAGGGCCUAGGUACAAUUUUUUAAGUGAGAACCACCUCGGACAAGAAAAUAACAUGAAGUUGGGGCUUAGCAGCUUUCUUACACACGAUUGCUCACACACUAGGCGUUUUAAAUCCUCAAAACAUUGGAGGCACCUUGUUUAUUGUAAUAAGCCGUAUCAUCUCAAAGAAUUAUUGUGAAACUUGCAGUUUAACAGCAUUAUAAACGGCGCACCCUUUUCAAUUUUUAUUUUCAGUUGACCAAGGAUCAGCGCCGCGUUCUCUCAGACUCGUACAUGGCUUCAUCUGCUAGAAAGGCAAUCGAGCAAAGAUUGCUUGGAUUCCUCAGCUACAACUCCAAUCACUUGCCCAUGUAUGCCAAACCUGGCAUGGUGUGAUGUCAUUUAACUCGUCAUCGGCGUUUCCUUUUUUGUAGAUAAGCGUGGUACUAUUGGUUGAUUUCACUGCUUCAGUGUUACGCAGGUUCAUCGGAAAGUCCAAACGGUUUCGAUAAAACUGCAAGGGCUUGUGUACUGUAUAUUGUCUUCGAGUAGUAUCGAAUUGAAUGAAAAAUAAGGAAUUUAAGGAAAAUAAAUUACUGUUAUGUGUAUAUCAUCGACGAUCGAGAAAUAAACCAAAAAAAAUUAUAUAUUUAACAUCGAGUAUGUGGUGGCUUCUGUACUUCGACAGGCGAACCUCGUACCUCAAGAUGACGGCGUUUUUACUUUGGGCUUAACUCACCUUAACUCGUAAACUUUCCUGUUUGCGGCGACAAUUUCUAGAUCUACCAUUUGUAAUGAAACCCAAAUAUUCAUAUUCAUACUUCUUUUCAUUUUUAAAUACGGCAAAAAUAUACAUAUUUUCCAUUGCUUUAUGAUAUAAGUUAGUGAAAUAUUGAAUGUAAAGAUCGUUGUUAAUCAGUUCAGGUUAGGUUAAGAGCAAUUCAUUGUUUCAUCGUUA